AUGUCCAGUAAAGAAAGGGAAGAAUCAAGGAGAGAAGUUGCAGUGUUGGCAAACAUGAAGCAUCCAAAUAUUGUCCAGUAUAAAGAAUCAUUUGAAGAAAAUGGCUCUCUCUACAUCGUGAUGGAUUACUGUGAAGGAGGGGAUCUGUUUAAACGAAUAAAUGCUCAGAAAGGCAUUUUGUUUCAAGAGGAUCAGAUUUUAGACUGGUUUGUACAGAUAUGUUUGGCCCUGAAACAUGUACAUGAUAGAAAAAUUCUUCAUCGAGACAUAAAAUCACAGAACAUAUUUUUAACCAAAGAUGGAACAGUACAACUUGGAGAUUUUGGAAUUGCUAGAGUUCUUAAUAGAAGUACAGAUAUAGGAAAUAUGUUUGAAGCUGGCAGCAUGAAAAACCUGGUGCUGAAGAUAAUAUCUGGAUCUUUCCCACCGGUGUCUUUGCAUUAUUCCUAUGAUCUCCGCAGUUUGCUCUCUCAGUUAUUUAAGAGAAAUCCUAGGGAUAGACCAUCAGUCAACUCCAUAUUGGAGAAAGGUUUUAUAGCCAAACGCAUUGAAAAGUUUCUCUCCCCUCAGCUUAUUGCAGAAGAAUUUUGUCCAAAAACGUUUUCAAAGUUUGGAGCACAGCCUAUACCAGCUAAAAGACCAGCUUCAGGACAAAGCUUGGUUUCUGUUGCACCUACUCAGAAAAUUACAAAACCUGCUGCUAAAUACGGAGUACCUUUAACUUAUAAGAAAUACGGAGAUAAAAAAUUACAUGAAAAGAAACCACUCCAAAAACAUAAACAGGCCCAUCAAACUCCAGUGAAGAGGGUGAAUCCUAGAGAAGAAAGGAGGAAAAUGUUUGAGGAAGCACCAAGAAAUAGAAGGUUGGAAUUUACUGAAAAAGAAAAGAAACAAAAGGAUCAGAUUAUUAAUUUAAUGAAGGCCGAACAAAUGAGAAGACAAGAAAAGGAAAGGGCUCCCUUUAUUGGCUGUGGAGGGGCCAUAGCUCCAUCAUCUUUUUCUCCUCGAGGACAGUAUGAACAUUACCAUGCCAUUUUUGAUCAAAUGCAGCAACAAAGAGCAGAAGAGAAUGAGGCCAAAUGGAAAGGAGACCUGCGUGGUCGAGGGCUUCUGGAAAGGCAAAAAGGGCAGCUAACUGUAGAAAGAGCUAAACAAGUGGAAGAGUUCCUACAGCGAAAACGUGAAGCUAUGCAGAAUAAGGCUCGAGCGGAAGGACACGUGGGAAUCCUGCAAAACCUGGCAGCUAUGUAUGGAGGCAGGUCCAGCUCUGCAAGAGGAGGGAAGCCGAGAAACAAAGAGGAAGAGAUAGAAGCAUAUAGAGCCCGAGCAAAUGCACGUGCCGCUGUUCUAAAAGAACAACUAGAGCGAAAGAGAAAGGAAGCAUAUGAGAGAGAAAAGAAAGCAUGGGAAGAGCAUUUGGUGGCUAAAGGAGUAAAGAGUUCUGAUGUUUCUUCACCUUUGGGACAGCAUGAAACAGGUGGCUCUCCAUCAAAGCAACAGAUGAGAUCUGUUAUUUCUGUGACUUCAGCUUUGAAGGAAGUGGGUGCGCAAUUGGAUAAAAGACCCAAAAUCUGCCUUAUAAUGCAGCGUUAUUACGUUCCGUUAUUGAAAAUUAUUUCUUUGUACCUUUGUCUCAUAGAACAUACAGUGGGAGAGGUUAUUAAAUUAGAUCCUGGUGGAUCUCCAAGAAGAGUCUGGGGGAAAAGCCCUACAGAGUCUGUCCUAAAGAUACUUGGAGAAGCUGAACUACAACUUCAGACAGAAGUAUUGGAAAACACAGCUGAUAGAAGUGAGAUUUCUCCUGAAGGGGAAAAGCACAAACCUUUAAUUAUUGGAGAAGACAAAGUACAGUGUAUUUCACAUGAAAUAAACUCAUCAACUCCUGUUGAUUCUCCUGUUGAGACAAUAAAUCCAAAGUUUAGGGAGGCAUCUCCACAGAGAUGGCUGAAAGCAGAAGGAAAUGUGGAAGAACCUGAUGAUUUGGAAACAGAAAUUCUACAAGAGCCAAGUGGAACAAACAGAAAUGAGAGCUUGCCAUGCGCUGUUACUGAUGUGUGGACUAGUGAAGAAAAAGAAACAAAGGAAACUGAGUACGUUGUGUCUUUUUCUUACAUUUCUAAACCCAGAUCCCUUUUAAAUGUAAAUCAAUGUAAAGAUAGACGGGAACCUGGAAUCGAUGAUUCUCAGCACUCUAAAUGUGAUAUAGAGAAAUGUAAGCCGCCAGAACCAUUUUUCCAUAAAGUGGUUCAUUCUGAACACUUGAACUUAAUCUCUCAAGUUCAGUCAGUUCAGUGUUCAUCAGAGGAAUCCUUUCCACUUCGAUCUCGCUCUGAUUCACCACCAAAAAAUAAAAACAAGAACUCCUUACUGAUUGGACUUUCAACUGGUCUGUUUGAUGCAAACAACCCAAAGAUGUUGAGGACAUGUUCACUUCCAGAUCUCUCGAAGCUGUUCAGAACCCUGAUGGAUGUUCCCACGGUAGGAGAUGUCCGUCGAGAGAAUCUUGAAAUAGAUGAAAUUGAAGAUGAACACAUUAAAGAAGGACCUUCUGAUUCUGAAGACAUUGUGUUUGAAGAAACGGACACAGAUUUACAAGAGCUUCAGGCCUCCAUGGAGCAGUUACUUAGGGAGCAGCCUGGUGAGUACAGUGAGGAAGAGGAGUCGACCUUCAAGAACAGUGAUGCGGACCAGACUGGCGAAGGCACAGAUCUGGCGGAGGAGGACGACAAUCCCAGCAGUGAAAGCGCGCUGAACGAAGAGUGGCACUCAGAUAACAGUGAUGGUGAAAUUCCAAGUGAAUGCGAGUACGACAGUGUCUUCAGCCAUUUAGAGGAACUGAGACUUCACCUGGAGCAAGAAAUGGGCUUUGAAAAGUUCUUUGAGGCGUAUGAGAAAAUAAAGGCUGUUCAUGAAGAUGAAGAUGAAAAUAUUGAAAUUUGUUCAAAAAUAGCUCAAAAUAUUUUGGGAAAUGAACAUCAGCAUCUUUACGCCAAGAUUCUUCAUUUAGUCAUGGCAGAUGGAGCCUAUCAAGAAGUCCUGUAA